UUAUCUAUGCACGUGUCACGGACAUCUAUCAAAGCAAAGUGACAAGUUUUGAACACAUUUUGAUGAACAAGAUUAUGGUAUUACGUUGGUAGCUGAUCAGUGGUUGUUAACGAUGAUGCAGGCGACUCCCAUACCACCUCAGUCUACAUUCCCUGAGGUUGUGAAGCCUACACCAGAGGCAGCUGAGAGUCAUGAGGAACCUACACUCACUAUACAGGAAGACGAACGAGGAGACGGAUCACCCGCACCACCAAAGGAUUUACAAAGUCCACAAGUCCCACUACUCAACGACUUGCUGCCACUCGACAGGCUGCAGGUCACGAAGCGGCUCCGAGUCAGGAACGUGCUGUUCCUGCGAGGGAAGAAGAACAGGUUCUUCGUGAAGAACACCGAUCAGACACUGAUAUAUACCAUUGAAGAGGAGAACAGUUGGUGGGUAGGAUAUUUCUGCUACGGUCUACGUCCCCUCGAGCUGAGGGUCAUGAACGAGCAGGGGAUAGAGGUGAUGAGGGUACACCGGCCAUACUCCUGCACGGCCAGGAUGUUUCCCUGUCAGCUGCAGCACUUGCAAAUAUACUCGCCUCCUGAGCAGCUGAUUGGCAGCGUCGAGCAACAGUGGGCAGUCCUCAGACCCAUAUACAAAAUCAAAAACAGUGAUGGUGAGACCCUGUUUCGCAUAACUGGUCCGUACGUGACGCUGAGCUGUUUCCGCGACGUGCACUUCCAGAUAGUGCGGCCUGAUGGCACGGCGGUGGGCUCCACCUGCAGACACUGGCAGGGCCUCGCGCAUGCUCUCAUCUUCGCACCAGUUUCUGACAAAUUCGGCCUGAACUUCGACCAAAAUAUCUCAGUAGAAGAGAAGGGUCUACUCCUGGCUGCCGCCCUGCUGAUGGACUACAUGUACUACGACGCGUGAUGUACCUGCACCAGGUGCAUCUACACUGCGCUGCACACCGUGCCUCCUCUACUCGUGCUUCUAUUGUUCGUGCACGUCGCGGUUUGUGGUCGCAUACAGCACGCGUCGUGGGUAGGUGUCUACCUGUUGUAGAAUCAUGCUAUAGAUAGAGGACUUUACAAAAGGAAUGUCGAUCACCUGUACUUGUACGCUUUUGUUAAUAAUAAAUAAAGUUUUUAGUUCGAUAAAA